AGGCUCAAGUCCGACUCAAGCCUGACCCUGGGGGAUGUCACCUCUCUCAACUUGACCAUGCUGGAGGGGGGCGUCUCCUUCAACGUGGUGCCCUCUGAGAUGGCAGCCGGCUUCGACAUCCGCAUCCCACCCACCGUGGACCUGAAGGCCUUUGAGGAGCAGGUGGCUGCGUGGUGCCGAGGUGCUGGGGACGGUGUCACCUAUGAGUUUCACCAGAAAUGCAUGGACCAACACAUCACCUCCACCGAGGAGUCGAACCCGUGGUGGAAAGCCUUCAGCGGGGUCUGCAGGGACAUCUGCAUGACCACCGGCUUCUCGCCCAUGAACCGCACCCCGGUGCUGCUGCAUGACCACAAUGAGUUCCUCAACGAGCAGGUCUUCCUGCGGGGCAUUGACAUCUAUGCCCACCUCCUGCCUGCCCUGGCGUCCGUGCCCCCGCUGCCCGCCGAGGGCUGA